GUGGUUUCAUUUUCCCCUCGGGUGCAGGAUGUGUGUCUGCGCUCCACCUGCGUCAGCCUGCCUGCGCCGCGCUGCCCCGACGCCCGCUCCUGCACACAGGUUCCCCGCGCCGCCGCCAUGGUCUCCGAGAGCCCGGAGGUCUCCUUCGGCCUUCAAGAUGCCAUCGCCCAGCUGCUGAAGCCCCACAAGGUUUGGUUCAUGGUGCAGGUCCAGCUCAACCAGUCCAAGACCCGGGCGGAGAGCAGGGUUCUGGUCAUGACUAUGUGGAGAGCCUAUAUGUUCCAUUGCAAGCAGCCAGUCAAGGUGGAAAGCUCUUUCAGUUACUUGGAGAUAUAUGCCAUCAUCAUCGGGAAUCUUGAGCAGGUGGUGAUUGAGACGGAUAGACAGACGUACUGUCUCAGCCUGAUGUCGGUGGAGGACCUUGAGGCUGUAAUCAGUCAUGUGACUGCUUCACUCAAGAAGAUCUUUCCUGAUUCGUCCCCAGGGAAGCUCCUGAAGAAGAUCCCGCCCGACCUGCAGGACCGUCUGCGCAGCCUGACGUCCAGCGUGGAGGAGAGUCUCAAUGGCACACAGGGACCAUGCGGAGGUUUCUCAGAGACGUACGCUGCCCUGUGCGACUUUAAUGACUUCCCCUGCAGAGAGGAGAUCAAGUGGGAUGUGGACAAUAUUUACCACAUUCAAAGCUGCCAGGAAUUCAAUCUCUUGGAUUUCAACCACCUGGACACUAGAGAUAUUUCCUUGGCUGUUGCUGCUCUGUCAUUCAACCACUGGUUCACUAAAAUCAGCGGCAAGGAUUUCCGGCUGAGUCCAGAGGUGCAGGAGCAGGUCCUCUACAUGAUAAACAGAUCCCCGAAACUGGAGGACGUGUGCCUGGAGAACAGUGGGCUCAAACCGGAUUUUGCAGUGAAGAUGGCCUGUGCCAUCCGCGACCACCCCAGUUCUGCACUGCACAUCAUCAAUCUGUCAGCCAAUCCGAUUGAAGACAAAGGUGUGAUUGCUCUCAGCCAUCAGCUUGAGAAGCUACCCAAAGGCCUUACUCAGCUGUGUCUCUCCAGAGUAUCCCUCUCCCCCAAAGGUGUGGGCACACUGGCCCAGGCCUUUUCACACAGCAAGCUGUUCUCCAGCUCGCUGCGCCACCUUGACCUCUCAGGCAACGUGGGGAGCCUGGCCACAGGAGAGGCAACGAACCUGCUUAACUUCCUGUCCAGUGAAAAUGCUGUGUCUCACCUGAACCUGAGUGGAACAGACUGUCCUUUGGAUGCUCUGUUCGUGUCGCUGUCUUCAGGGUGCUGCUCCAAGCUGUCCUACCUCAACCUGUCCAGAAACAGCUUCUCACACAGGACGGCGCGGGAGGUGACGCGCAGCGUGAAGGAUUUCUUCAGCAAAAGCGCCGAGCUGAAAUACGUGGUGCUGGCUGGGACAAGGCUUCCUGCGGCCGCGCUGAGGUUACUGCUGCAGGGCUUGGCAACCAACACUCUUCUAUCAGGACUGGAGCUAGACCUGAGUAGCUGUGAGCUCAGGUCUGCAGGAGCACAAGUGAUUCAGGAGCACAUCUUUGAAGCCAAGGCCAUCAGCAGCCUGGACCUGUCAGACAACGGUCUAGAAAGUGACAUGGUCACCCUUGUGCUGUCCAUUGGACGCAGCCACUCAAUCCGACACCUGGCACUUGGUGGCAACUUCGCCAUGAAGUCCAGAGCUCUGACCGAUGUUCUGCAUCGGAUUGUCCAACUUAUUCAGGAGGAGGAGUGUCCCCUGGAGUCCCUGUCGGUGAGCGACUCCAAGCUGAAGACCGGCACCACCACCCUGAUCAACAGCCUGGGAAACCUCACCAAGAUCGACAUCAGCGGCAACUGCAUCGGAGACACGGGCGCCAAGAUGCUGGCAAAGGCCCUGCUCACCAACACUAAGCUCAGGACCUUGGUCUGGGACAGGAACAACGGACGCCGGCUCGACGGCCAGCGCUUCUGGAGGUGGCUAGCGCGCUAUCGAAGCGGCCCUGGAGUCUGGCUCCGAUUUCAGCGCCCCUCCCACGUUAUUGUGGAGAACGGUUUGCAGAGGCGUGCGCGCUGUUGUGUGGUCGGUGUGAACCUUUCUCACUUCCUCCUCCUCUCUGUGUGCGUGCGUUUGUUUGUUUAUGCGUUGCAUGGUUAUGCAUGUGUGUGCCCUUGGAUGCAUUUGUGUACGUGCAUUAUUUUGUUGCGUGCUCUGAUGCGCGUGUGUGUGUGUGUGUGUGUGUGUGUGUGUGUAUACAGGAACUCCACUCUGCUGCACAUGCCCGUUCCCAUGAGCGACGCCUUGCAGGCGUAUCGCGGCAGCCCGGAAAGGACCGACGAGGCCCUGCAGAGGAUCCAGGCCUGUCUGGUGAGGAACAGCCGGGGCCAGGCAGCUGCGUCCGAGCAGGUGCUGCGUCUUCAGCAGGAGAUGAAGACCAGGUGCUCUGAGAAGGUGCAGCAGAUGUGUGUGAAGGUGCAGAAGACUGUCCAGCCACUGAUCAACUGCAGCGUGCAGGAAGUGCAGAGCGACAUCCUGUCUGCGGAGGAAGUGCUGCACAACGCCAGGGUGUCCAUAGGCAUGCUGCCCACCCUAUACAAUCUGGGGAGGGCGCCCUCUAGCGAGAACAUGCUGCAGCACAUCCUUAGCGACUCGGCCCACUCACUGACCACCGAGAUCACCACGGAGAUCCAGGAGCUUGUUCAGUCCAUGCUGCAGUCCGUGCAGGCCGUCUGCCCCAGGGUCGUCCAGAGGUCGAGCGUCAGCGAGAAGCUGGCCGACUACGUGGCCAGGAAGUCCCGGCAUGCGGCUCACUUUGUGGAGGAGACCCUGGAGAAGCAGGCGGGAGAGCUAAUCAGAAACAAGCUCAGAGAGCUGAAACUGUCUGUAAGCGUUUGCCUGGCAGAGAGCGUUGUGGAUCAGAUUCUGCAAGACCUGUCUGCGUCUCAGCAGAAACUGGACCGGCACGUGAGAGACCACACCCAGCCUCUGUCUGGCUCCGCCCCCCGAACCAACAUCCCCCAGCUGAGAGUGGUGGAGGAGGAGUUCCCCACAGACGAGUACGUUCCGGUGAUUUGGCGCAGCAGUUUUCACAGCCGCAGCAUCCGCCCCGCCCCGUCUGUAAAAAGUCUCCUGGAUGUGGACUCAGAUUUCCAGCAGACGAGCGAAGGCAGGCAGCAGCAGCAUCAGCAGCAGCAGCAGCAGAGCCGAGAGGAGGAGGAGCAGGAGGAGGUAGGAGGGGCGGAGACAGCGUGGGGGCGGGCCGCGUCGUCCCCCUCGUCCCUGUCAGUCACGGCGGCCCGGCCGAAGCCCGGCCCCUCCCACCCGCCGGAGGAGGAGGAGGACGAUGCUGCCGCUCUUCGCAGGCUCAGCAGUCAGCCCAGGCGCUCGGAGCCCGCACCUCCUCGGCCCCCUAUGGACCUGCCCAGCGAAGGACAGAGACUGAGGCACUUCACCCAGACCCGGCCACGGCCCAACCGCAGGAACAGGCAGCCGCCCAGCAAGCCGCAGGAGCCGGCAGCUGAGAGCGAAAAUGACCAGAAUGAGACCAUGGGGAGAGUGGAUGAGGGAGUAGAGGAGUUUUUCACAAAGAAGAUCAUCCCUGACAACCCCCUUAAGAGCCAGAGGGAGGAGCCCCCAGUAAAAGCACAGCCUGUAGAGCCUGCCAGCUCAGCGCCCUCUACUGGCUCCUCCAAGAACAUCAAGAAGAAGUUUGGGGACUUCUUCGCCUUCAAGAAAGUCCGUGCGGCCCGGGGGUCGAAGGGCGAGGGGGGCCCAGAGGGGAAGAUCAAAAAGACUUCAAUUGCGGAUUUGAUACGGCCGCUGAGGGAAGCGGCUCGGGCAGAGAAGGAGAGAGAGAAGGAGAAAGAGCGGGAGAAAGAGCGAGAAAGAGAGAGAGAGAAGGAGAAGGGGAGGGAGAAGGCAGCAGAGGAGAAUGCCGCCAAGGGAACCGCCGCUGUGGCGGAAACGCCGGCCCUCCCGGUCGCAGUCCCCGCCCCCAGCCCCGCCCUGACACCGAGCCCCACCCCCACGCCAACCACGACACCUGCCACCGCCGUCACACCAGUGUCUCCUCCCGCUGCCACCUCCCCCGUAGCCCCUACCACACCCACGCCCUACCCCUCCCUCGGUCCCGCCCCCGUCCCCGUCGUCGAGCGUGAGAAGAGCAGGACCCUGGAGAAGAGCCGGACGCCGGUUGGGGAGAGGAAGUUAAAAGCGACGCGGCGUUCUCUGAGGGAGGGGAAGUCUCAGUCCCUCAUCCUGCUCACGGGACUCGAACCCGACGAUGCAGGCACCCGCAGCAAGAAACACCUGAGUGAGAAAGGCUCAUCCAAUGAGGGCCCCUCCAGCUUUGAGCAGCGCGUCCACGUCAUGCUGCACCGCAUGGGGGUCACCAAGACCCUGCCGUCCGACUCCAGGAGGGCCCAGAACAAAGAGGGAGAACUGAGGAAGGCAGACUCUGAAGGGACGAUCAUUGACAGUAAACCUGAACCCCCGCCCACCUUCAUGAAACCUCGCACAAUGUCCACAUCAUCAGAUAUGAGGCGACCCGUGCGGGUGGGCGUGUCCACACUGGAGUCCCGCAGAGCCUCGGGGCCGGGCGAAAGGCCUCCUCUCCCGGAACGCCCCGGUCCGCUCCCCCCGAAACCCGCCAUGAAACCCCCUCUCCCGGUGCCUCUCCCGGUGCCCGAGCCCGCCGCCUCCGCACCGCCUCCCAGGACGUCCCCGGCCACGCCCGUCCAACCCAGCACCUCCCCGUCUCGCGAGGACAAACCAGCAGAGCCCGACGCCCCCCAGCCCCAGCCGAGGGACCCGCCCACCCCCUCCCCCAGAAGGGAGACACCCCCGGCACCGUCACCACGCAGGGGGGUCUCCCUGGGGGACAGCCGGGUGCGGGCAGAGAAAGCACAGUCCGUCACUGAAGAGACCCUGCCAAAACCGCGGCCGCGCAUGAAGCCGUCCCCCCAGCGGCGCGCCGUGUCCGUCCACGAGGAGUCGCUCCGCGAGCACGCCGCCCUGCUGGACCCGGAGGAGCUGAAGGCGGCGUUGCCACGGCUACAGAGGUCCCCGGUGAGGAAACGGGCCAACCUGGGGGAGCUUCCUCCCUGCAGUGAAGACCAGCCUGAGGGAGAGGGGGCAGGUGAAAGAAAGAGCGACACAAACCUGAACAGCCAAGAAACAGACGCCAGCUCGGUCGUGGAGAAGGGGGCGGGGCUAAGCCCAGCGGGGGCCGGACAGGAAGACGCCACGGCGGAGGCGAAGGAGGAGGAGGAGGGGGGCGAAAUGGUCUCACAGCAGCACAUGCCGCAGGGAGGAGCAGAACCAUCAGACCAAAGAACUGAUCCCCCCUCUCUCAGAAACACAUGAACUGACCCGGAGCAGAGUCUAUUUUCUACCAUGUUUUCCCCCUUUGCAUUGCACGCCAGACUAUGUACAAAAAAAUAAUAAUGACAAACAAAUCUUAAAAAAGAGAGAUGAAACAGUACCUAUACUUGUUAAAUAUUAUUAAAAAAUGAAUUCAGAUGUGUUAUCAAGA